AUGUCUUCGCCCGACGAGCUGUACCCGCAGCCCUGUGCUUUCUGCAAAAUCAGCACCGCCUAUCCACCCUCCUCGACCUCCCCGGUACCUCACAACCCAGACCCAGCAAAAUGCGAACCGCAAUGCCACCUCAUCCUCUCCACACCCCACGUGCUCGCCUUCCUCGACAUCAUGCCCAUAGCGCCAGGCCACAUCCUCCUCACAACACGAAAACACUACGCCAAACUCUCCGAUCUCCAGAGACCUUCGUCAAGUAAGCAACGAACGGAUUGGAUCUCCAGCAAGCAAGCCGCCGAAGCGCUGGAAACGAGUCGUGCGAUGGGGGAAUUCCUGCCCGUGCUGAGCCGUGCGCUGUGUAGGGUCACGGGCGUAGAGGAUUGGAAUAUCGUGCAGAACAACGGGGAGCGUGCGGCGCAGGUGGUGCCGCACGUGCAUUUCCAUUUGAUCCCGAGGUAUCAGGAGGGGAGGGUGGAGAAGAAGAAGAACGGGAUGGGGGAGGCGCAGAUGAGGAGUUGGAGGAUGUUUGGACGGGGGGCGAGGGAGGAUUUGGAUGACGAGGAGGGCAGGGUGUUGGCUGGACGACUGAGGGAGGCAAUAAGAGAGGAAAUUGAGUGGAUGGACACGGGGAAUGUGAAGGAGAAGGGGAGAUUAUGA